CUCCAGGAACCGCGCACCAAACGGAAAGGUGUUUUUAAAAAGAAUUAUUUAAGAGAGAAAAUUUGGGGGUAGAAAAUGUAGUUUGCUGCACAUUUUUUUGGAUAAACUUUUUUUUUUUUAAAUUAAGGGAGGAAACGUCAAUACUGUAUUAAAAAAAAGUUAAAUAAAUAAACACUGCGAGUGAGAGUUUCUGGCGCCAAAUAAAGAGGAGUGGAGAACUAACCGCACACACACACUCAGGGUUACACCAAAGUCCGCCAUUUCACUGUUAGCAUAAAAAGCUGAUUAGCAAAGAGUUUAUUUUCCUUAUGAAGUGCAAGUGACGGAAGAGCAGAGGACGGCCGGAUGCGGAAAAAAUGGAGGUCUGCUCGGCAAGCGUGUGGCCCCGUCUGGAGCCGUUCCUCCUGGGUGCGCUACAGGCUGCUCCUCCAGGCAAGCUGAGCAUGCACUAUCUGCGCAAGAUGGCCUGCUACGUGCGCACGCGUGAUGGCUGCUUCCCACGUCUGGGCUGGCAUAUGUGGCGGCACAUCGCCUGUGGCAAGCUGCAGUUGCCUGAGGAGCUGGCCUGGCUCUACUUUGAGACCUUUGACCUGCUGGUGCCACGUUCUGCUGAAGAGAAGCUCGAGUGGGCAGAGGUUCUGUCUCAGAGUUUGAACCCUCGUGAUCUUGAUCGCCAGCGCAGCAAGCUGUCUGUGGACACGCUACAGUUCCUGCUGUUUCUCUACCUGCAGCAGCUGAACCGUGUCUCUCUGCGUGCCUCUCUGAUUGGGGAAGAGUGGCCGAGUCACCGCUCCCGCGCCCCGUCGUCCUCCUCUGAUCGGGAGGCCAAGAUCAGCUCUCAAAACAAGAAUUGGGACGACAUCGCACACCUCACCUUCAUGCAGACUCACCUGGCUGAACUGCUGGAGCUGCUGGCAGAUCCAUGUGAGAUGAGCGGUUCGGGUCAGGCCCUGCGAGACAGUAAACUCUCAGCCGAGGCGCUGCAGGCUCUCAGCGUGCUGCUGGAGGGCACGGUGAGCCACGGCCGCACCAUUCACCCCCUCCAUCGGCUACUGAACCGUAACCCGCUCCAGUCCCUUGCCGGAUACUCAAAACUCAGCCGCUCCUACUCGCUGCAGCAGUUGCAGAGCUGGCUGCACCAGGCGCUCUCACUCAACCCGUUCGGCAUGUCCACCUGUUUGCGCUCGGGCAAGAAGCUGGCCUGGGCUCUGCAAGUGGAAGGUGCUAUGAAGAGAGCAAAGAUAGCCAGGAACACGCAUAUGGCCCCUCUGGGCAGCAGGGUGGUGCUGAUGUCGCAGGUUUACAAACAGACGCUGGCUAAAGAUUCUGAGAAGCUGGCUGGUGCAAAUGUCAAACUGCACCGCUGCAGUGAGGCUUUUAUCUACCUACUUUCACCCCUUAGGUCAGUGACGUUAGAUAAAUGUCGUGACAGCACCGUGGUACUGGGCCCAGUAGAGACCAGCGUGCACAUGCAGAGUUGCGAGAACGUGCGGCUGGUAUGUGUGGCUGGACGUCUGGCAGUUGGUGGCUCCACCCGCUGCACCAUUCAUGCUCUCACUCCCACGAGGCCGCUUCUACUGCCUGGCAACACCAGCCUCACACUGGGGCCUUUCCACACACACUACCCCAGCCUGGAGGACCACAUGGCCAGUGUGGGUUUGGCAGUCGUGCCCAACCUCUGGGAUCAGCCGCUUAUUUAUUCACCAGACGGUCCUUCAGCAGACCCGGGCUGCUACCACAUCCUGCCCCCUGCACAGCUCUGCCCUAUGGUUGUACCAUUCAUCAUGGAGGGUGACACCUGUGAGGUGCCAGGGGGGCUGCCGUCAGUCUACCAGCAGGCCCUGGAGGAGCGUCAGCAGAGGGUGCACGACUGGCAGAAGAUGGUGAAGGAUGCGCACCUUAACAAGGAGCAGCGGCGGCAGUUCCAGGCUUUGGUAGAGAAGUUGUUUCAUGAAUGGCUCCUGGAGACGGGACAGAGACAGGAGCUAGACAGCCUACUGCCUCCAACCAUCACAUCUUCAAACUCCAGCUCUGAACGUUCUCUCCAGCAUCCAAAAGUCUCCUCGAUGCACCCAGUGACCUGAGCACACAUUCUGUAAUAGACACUGAUGCACUUCUUCUUUUAUUUCGUGUCGUUUACGUCUGCUUAGCAUUUCUUUAAGCACCGAUCUCUGAACAGGCCUUCCCAACCCAGAGCUGAUCCAAGACUGGCAGUUGGUGUAGCAGACUCAGGACUAUCUAUUUGAAACGGGAUGCUGAAAGUCAAGUAAAAAUAAAAUGAUACAGUAUAUGCCAUGUAUUACUUGUACUGUUAGAGAAUUAUAUGCUGGAUAAUACUUGCUGCAGAAUAAGCCUCAUUAUCCCCUUAAUCUGCAUCGCUUUUCAGGUUUGUUUGUUUUUUUCUUUCCAUUAGAAGCGGGUUUUUACAGUUAAGGUACUUGAGUGUUGAGCUCCUUUCAGAGAGGAUGACUGCCUUGUUACUGCAGCAUGAAUAAAUAAGAGUAAGGGACUUUUGUAUGAAUUGUAGUGUGGAAGACUAGAGCAGAACAGAGUCCUGUAUUAAUGUGUAUAUACUUUUAUAAUUGCCCUAGAAGUUGCCUUUGGUUUACGUGUUGAAGGAAAUGCACACCUUUUGCCGGUAUGCAUCAGUUUUCUGAAAAUACAGUAAGAGCACCGAUUUAAGAGUAAACUAAAGGAAAGCUUAUCGAAGCCGGAACAAAUUUAGCACUCUUACUUCAUGCUUGACCUCCAUGAGUACCAGGUUCUCGACUUGGCAGCCAGUAUGACUGUGAAUGUAUUUAUUUGUUUUGUCCUGCUGUAGCCCAGUUGCACUUCCAGCUUUACAACUUUCCCAGUAAGUGCCACUUAUCGUGUCCUCUAGAAUCAGUGUUUUUCUCACUUCUGGAGUUCUUCUGCACUGUAGCCAACUGUUCACCUUAACACUUUUAGCAUUCAGGAUUAAUCUCACAGCCCAAAGGAAAAAAGGGACCAAAAUGUACAGUUCAGACAAACCCCACAACAGAAAACUGGGAAGCAUUACUCUCGAUGGAUUAUUUAUUAUUAUUAUUACAUUUAUUUCACAUGACCUGCAUGUUCAACCCACCAAGCAGCAUCAUUAUUACUCACUGGAUUCAUUUUUCUACGUCUGUAUGAACCUCACUUAUGUAACUUAUUUUUUUUCCAUUAUGAAUAAAGUGUAUGAAUAAAUCCAGAGGACCAGUUUUUAAGAGAGCACUGUAUUAAGCACAGUUUGGUAUUUUAUGUUUCGAUUAAGGGAAGAGAUUUCAUUUGACUACUAAUAAAAGAUGCUUUAUCUUUG